AUGGCUCGCACUCGAUCCCAACCUCUCUCGCCAUCUGGCUACCAAAUGUGGCAAACUCCACCCAGAACUCGCAAGCAGACUGCAGAAGCUGCUCCUACCUCUAAAGCUGCGCCCAAAGGUCCUAAACCGGCAACUACACGCGUCACAAAAAGCAAGGCCAAAAAGGGCAAGAAGGCAGCUCCAAAGAAGCGCGUUCCAGGAAGUUACGAUGACUCGGAUGACGAUCACGAGCAAGCUCCUUCCGUUGAAGAGAGCAGCAUCACCCAUGGAAAGAACGACGAUGAUGUCAACAAUAACGUUAACAACAAGCAGCAUAGCAACGUCGCCACCAAGGACGAUAAGACCACUAAUCCUACUCAGAACCCUUCCCCAUCUACUCCCCAAGUCCAGGUCCUCGUACCGAUCCCAUCGCCGGCCAAUGGCCCUACUUCUACCCGCGCAACUCCUUCUACUCCAACCCCGAAUACUCACACUGCAGCUCGCACCGGCGACGCAUUGCAUGUCUCCCCCGUGGUAGAGACCGCAGCUAAUGUCGAAAAUAACGACAACAUCAAAUCCAACAUAAACGGCAAGCAAGCGCCAUCUCAGAGUGAGCCUCAAAACCUUUCUUCCCGCCCUAUCAAACCCUUUACCCGCCGGUUGCCUGCCAGGCACCAGCCCUUUUCACGUUUUGCACCAGUCGCCUCCUUGAUUAGCCCUAGCAACCUGGAGGUUUCCCCAACCCCUAUCAUCGACCUGGAAGGUGGUGUGACUCGCAAUGGUGAACGCACCAAACCUAAAGAUAUUUUCUUCUACCCUCCUCCCCUUACUGCAAACCCAGUUUUCCUUACUACCCCCCAUGUAUCCAUUGAGCGCACACCACUGUGCCCAUGCUGCAACAGGAUACUGGUUUGCCUCAAUGACCAUACUACUUGGACUCAUAAAGGGUUUUACUUCACGGAAAGAGCCAAGCAACUGACACCACCGCCAGCAGUCACCGGGAAACGACGACGAGAAGCAGGCGAGGACAAGGAGAAUGAGAAUGGCGAUGGCCAACCUACUGCAAACCAACGUCCGGCAAAGAAAGUCCAGCGCAAACCUAUCAAGUCUAGAGAAAUACAUCGUCGCCGCCAGGUUACGCCGUAUGCCGAUCGUCAACGUCGUCGUGCUCUUGAGAGCCAGGGGAAGAUCCAGAGGACUUUGUUCAGAAUUCCAGAGUUGAUUGCACAGAAAAAGGCUGCUGAAGCCGCCUCUUUGAGCGAAGACAAUAACAAUGCUAAUUACGAUGAGCACUCAGAUAUUGAUGCUAUUUCUAUCCCAGCAGAUCCCACUGCAACGGAGGCUAGAGUAGUUUCGGCCCACAAUAUACAGUCGUCCCCACCUGAACUUCGGCCAAGCACACCAGCACGCGCCGGAUGGAGCUUUGGUGGCUUACUUGGUUCAGUCCCUCGAUCAAUUUCAAGAUUCCUACCCUCAUUUGGCGCCGAAACAACUCAGAACGAGAGACACGAUGAAGAUUCGCCGAGUCAACGUCACAGACCAACUGUGCAUCAUGAAAACCUUUCCAAAAACCUUUCCAAUGAAACAGCGCAGCUUAGCUACAUGUCACGGACCCAGAAAAAUGACGAUGACCGCCAUGAUUACAUACCAGUAUCGCCUGCAGUUGGUCCUUCCACCUCGGAGGAGUGGAAGGACACUCCAUCAGCAUUGCCAGAGCCACCUGUUUCCAUCCCAGUUCGAACACUUGUUACAACCCAGCAGGAAGAUGACGAGGAAGACCUUUCCUACGAUCUAUUCCCCAGAAACCACAGGUUAUCGAGUUAUUCUAGAGAAGCUGCUCUUCGCCAGGCCGAAGAAGAUGCUCGCCAGGCACGCGAAGAGGUCCGUCUUGCCCAGGAAGUUGCGCGUCAAGCGCAAGAAGAAGCUCGCCUUGCCAAGGAAGAAGCACGACAAGCCCAAGAGACGGUAAAGCUAUACCAACCGACAUCGUCAAAGGCGAACGCUAACAGAGUAACCAAGACGAUAACUCGCAAGGAGAAGAAGCGCAAGCCCAUUCCAAACCCACCAGGGUGCAGCUAUGGAAUGGAUUUGCGCUACUUCGGGUCAACUUCCAGCUCCGAAGCUGACCCAUCCGACAACGAACAACCCGAACCAUCGGCGAGCGUUCGACCCGGUGUGCUGAAAACAACCGCCGGCGCAGACAGCCAAACCCCUGCGCGCGGCGCACUUCGACAGCGAAAACAGGUACGAUUUGGCCCUAGCCCGCCAGACGUACCAUCGAAGUCACGCACAUCGGACGUGGUGGACGACAUUCCAGAGUCUCCACCACAAAUAACGGCGGCACCGGCAACUCCUGCUCCCCUCCCAGUCUCGACAAUUCCGUCACCCGAAGAUGUUGAGAUGACAACGCCAAGCCCGCUAGGGGAGCGGGAGUCCGACAACCAAACCCGAGGGCAAAACACUUACGGGUUCACGUACGAAGAGUUGUACGGCGAUGACUUCUUUGAUGAUAUCGACGAGGAUCCUGUCCCAUCUGGGACUGGGCCCUCGUCGUCCUCCGGUAUCGUCGAAGAAGUCGGGGUGCUCCCUCAGCCAAUUCCAAGGGGAGUACUUCUUGGCCAUUCCAACGGCCAAAUCGCCGCUGCACCUCCUGCGCGACCCGCCCUCGCGACAAUGCCAGUGCCGUCGUUUCGCCCCGCAUCGAUAGGAGCGGCGGCUGUUGAGAGGCAGAUGGCGGACGUGGAAAGGUUCCGCCCUCGGCUUCCCAGCAGCCUGCGCACCGCGGAGCGAUAUUCGUCAAGCCCCGUGCCGGCUUCGUCACCGGCUCUCCAGGGGGUUGUAGGACAGGGACCUCUUUCCCACUCGUUUCAGUGGCCAGCGGCCACUGAAACUGGGUUCUCUUUGCAGGCCCGGCCGAGUCACGACCGGCUGAGGUUGGGAUUCCGGCAGAUUCUGAGGCAUGAGUAA